AAUACUAGUGUUGUAGUGAUAUCAUGGCUUUUACGUUAGGACAUGCAUUUUCUCAUAUAUUCAUCUUUGUAUGUUUGCUCUCAAUAUUCCUAGGAACCCCUUCCUUUUGUUUUAAACCCAAAAACCUUGUUAGCGUUACUUCAAACUUUUCAUCUGAUUCAGGUUGGGCAUCUACUAUGGCUACUUGGUAUGGACCUCCGGAAGGUUAUGGAAGUGAUGCUGGUGCUUGUGGUUAUGGAAAAGUUGUUAGCCAACCUCCAUACAACUCAAUGAUAGCAGCAGGAAACCCUUUCAUCUACCAAUCAGGCAAAGGAUGCGGUUCAUGUUAUGAGGUCUAG